UCGCACCCCAGUUAUCGCAUGGUCGUGACAGAUCAAUGAACUGGGCUGAGUGGUUUUGUUGAUUGGUCUUGACGGAUCAACUGGUCGGUCGGUCGGUCGGUCUGGUCAGGUUGAUCGAUAUCAGAAAUCAUCUCGCCAGCCUGGGCAUUCAUCCUAUUCUGAUGCAUGUAUCUUUGUGUCCACCGUCCGUCGUCCAUCUUCUCGAGGGCUUCCUGGUAUCUGUUAAUUGGGCUCGUGUUUUGUAUCAGCCAAGACUGACAAUCGGGAAGAUGAAUGAGCAAGGUGAGGAGAGAAACAAAAAGAGGGAACCCAUAUUCUUUACGAAGGAUCGAGACUCGUCAGAAGUUAGUUCGCGCCGUUAUGAAACUAUUUGUUGGUGGUCCAAGUCUUGUCUCUUCUCCCUCUGCCGAGAACAUGGCCAUCCAGCACUUACUAUUCAGUGUGCUCUCAUUCUUCUUGUGCUCCUUCUGAUCCAGCUCCGGCUUCCCUUUCUCACCCAGACCCUGCAGGGUUUGAAUAUACCCGUUAUUUCAUUAAUCUCACCCGUUGGUGCCCAACGAGCAAGGGUAAUGGAAGAGAAAACAUUGGCUUGGCCUUGGCGAGAGAGAUAACUACCGACUCCCUACUCCCGCUGGUGGAGAGUGGACACUAGUCCCUGAUGAAAUUCAAACGUUGUG